AUGGCAUCAUCAUCGUCUCUUUCUUUCGCUUCAAAGCUCUCUUUUCUCCGUAACGGAAGCUACAAAAACGAUGCCGUUGGAAGGAACUUGUUGCUUGAUAACUCCAACUUGCUGAAAUGGAACGGGAAGUUGAGUGAUCCUUGUUUUUCGAAGACGCGAUGUUUAGGAGUUGGAGUUACACGCGCCACCGCCACGACGGAGGUAGUGGUAGAUGGUGAUCGAGUAGUGAAAGAGGAUAGUAGAGUUCUAAAAGUUGGUUUGAUUUGUGGAGGUCCGUCUGCUGAGCGUGGAAUUUCACUCAACUCUGCUAGAUCAGUUCUUGAUCACAUACAGGGAGAUGAUUUGCAAGUCAGCUGCUAUUAUAUUGACUAUGAUUUGAAUGCAUUCGCUAUAUCAUCUGCUCAGGUAUAUUCGAAUACUCCGGCAGAUUUUGAUUUUAAACUUGCAAGCCUUGCCAAAGGUUUUUCGUCAUUGGAUGAAUUUGCAGAACAUCUUGCUGCUUCUGUGGAUAUAGUGUUCCCUGUUAUUCAUGGUCGUUUUGGUGAAGAUGGUGGAAUUCAGGAGUUGUUGGAAAAGUAUAAUGUUCCAUUUAUUGGAACGGGAUCAAGUGAGUGUCGUAAAGCAUUUGACAAGUAUGAUGCCUCCUUGGAGAUGAGCAAACAAGGAUUUAUAACUGUACCUAGUUUCCCAGUCCAGGGAAGUGAAACUAAUGAAUCUGAAUUAUCUAAGUGGUUCACGAGCAAUCAAUUGGACCCUAACUCUGGAAAAGUUGUGGUAAAGCCAGCUAGAGCUGGAUCAAGUAUUGGAGUUACAGUUGCUUAUGGUGUUUCUGAUUCCCUUAGAAAAGCAAAUGAUCUCAUUUUAGAGGAAGGUGUUAAAGCCCAGGGGAUAGAUGAUAAAGUCAUUGUUGAAAUAUUUCUUGAAGGAGGGAGCGAGUUUACAGCAAUUGUCCUUGAUGUGGGAUCUGGUUUUGAUUGCCAUCCUGUUGUUCUACUGCCAACUGAGGUGGAGCUUAAAUUUCAUGGCAGCGUUGACGUGAGGGAAAAAGAUGGCAUUUUCAAUUACCGAAGGAAGUAUCUUCCAACACAACAGUCUCAGAAGGUCUUGCUUUCUUCACAGGUAGCUUAUCACACUCCACCUCGUUUUCCUCUCAAUGUAAUUGAAAAUAUUCGAGAAGGAGCAUCUAUUUUAUUUCGACAACUUGGCCUACGUGAUUUUGCUCGCAUUGAUGGGUGGUUUUUGCCUAAUUCCACACAUGCAUUCUCAUCUAAAGAUGGAAAAUUUGGAAGGACUGGAUCGGGUACAGUAAUUUAUACUGACAUUAACCUGAUUAGUGGAAUGGAGCAGACCAGUUUUUUAUUUCAGCAAGCUUCAAAGGUUGGAUUCUCUCAUUCUAACAUUCUUCGAAGUGUUAUUCAUCGUGCUUGCUUGCGGUUCUCCAAUCUCGCGUCACACAAUGAAGUAUCAGUUCAUUUGCCAAGAAGAUCGAAAUCCUUGCAGUUAGAUGAAGCAUUCAACAAAAGGGAAGGUAUUCAAAAAAUUUUUGUCUUAUUUGGAGGAGACACAUCAGAGCGGCAAGUCUCUCUUAUGAGUGGAACAAAUGUUUGGCUUAACUUGCAGGCAUUUGAUGAUCUUGAUGUAACUCCUUGUUUGCUUGCCCCCUCAGAUGACCAUUCUGAUGAUAGUUCCAGAGUGGUUUGGUCAUUACCUUACUCUAUUGUUCUGAGACACACUACAGAGGAAGUUCUUGAUGCCUGCAUAGAAGCAAUUGAACCAGCUCGGGCAGCUCUGACUUCGCAUUUGCGCAACCAAGUGAUGAAUGACCUCACGGAAGGUCUAAUGAAGCAUAGUUGGUUUACAGGGUUUGACAUAGCUGAUGAAACCCCUGUUAGAUAUUCAUUAGAGAAGUGGGUCAAGCUUGCCAAGGAAGUUCAGGCAACAUCCAUGGAGGCAUCGGUGAAGAUGGUACACUUCAGUCUUUAUUGGAGUCUGAAGGAGUUCUUCAUACAGGUUAUUCUAGUUGACACUUUGGCACCUGAAGAAUUUAGUUGUCUUGGUACUAGAUUGUUCAUUCCCCUCUUAUUUUCAACUAAAGGUCCUGGUGUAGCAGCUUCGAAGACUUGCAUGGACAAAGUUGCGACAUCACUCGCUCUUAGUCAUCUUGCAGAGUUAGGAGUUCUUACCAUUAAUAAAGAUGUGCGCGAAAGAGAGGAUUUGUUGAAUGUGCCUGCACUGGAGAUUUGGCAUGAAUUGACCUCAAAGCUUCAGUGUGAAACAUUAUGUGUUAAACCAGCAAGGGAUGGAUGCUCGACUGGGGUUGCAAGAUUAUGGUUGUCACAUGGAAUGAUUGAGAUGCCAAGUCCUCCUCCAGAGCGCUUGAUCUUUGAACCUUUUAUUGAGACUGAUGAGAUUGUUGUCUCAUCCAAAUCUGUGGGUGAACAAGCACAAGGCCUCAUGUGGGAAGGAAACAGUCAAUGGGUGGAAAUAACAGUUGGUGUUAUAGGAACUUAUGGAGCAAUGCACUCAUUGAGCCCUAGUGUUACUGUUAAAGAAACUGGUGGCAUUUUAUCACUUGAAGAGAAAUUUCAAGGUGGAACUGGCAUCAAUCUUACCCCUCCGCCGACAUCAAUUGUAAGUAACGAGGCAUUAGAGAGGUGUAAACAACGUAUCGAAUUGAUUGCAAACACACUGCAAUUGGAAGGAUUUUCCCGAAUAGAUGCUUUUGUUAAUGUUGAUAGUGGAGAGGUGCUGAUUAUAGAGGUCAAUACUGUUCCUGGAAUGACUCCUUCCACCGUCCUUAUUCAUCAGGUUGGAUUCUCUCAUUCUGACAUUCUUCGAAGUGUUAUUCAUCAAGCUUGCUUGCGGUUCUCCACUCUCGCGUCACACAAUGAAGUAUCAGUUCAUUUGCCAAGAAGAUCGAAAUCCUUGCAGUUCGAUGAAGCAUUCAACAAAAGGGAAGGCAUUCAAAAUUUUUUUGUCUUAUUUGGAGGAGACACAUCAGAGCGGCAAGUCUCUCUUAUGAGUGGAACAAAUGUUUGGCUUAACUUGCAGGCAUUUGAUGAUCUUGAUGUAACUCCUUGUUUGCUUGCCCCCUCAAAUGACCAUUCUGAUGAUAGUUCCAGAGUGGUUUGGUCAUUACCUCGAAUAAUCCACCAUCCAUUUAUUGAGGAAGUUCUUGAUGCCUGCAUAGAAGCAAUUGAACCAGCUAGGGCAGCUCUUACUUCUCAUUUGCGCAACCAAGUGAUGAAUGACCUCACGGAAGGUCUAAUGAAGCAUAGUUGGUUUACAGGGUUUGACAUAGCUGAUGAAACGCCUGUUAGAUAUUCAUUAGAGAAGUGGAUCAAGCUUGCCAAGGAAGUUCAGGCAACAGUUUUCAUUGCAGUUUUAAGACAUUUGUUUAUUCAAGAAUAUAAACAAGAGCUUACUUCAGAUAUUGUUCUUGUCAUGUUGGAUAAUAUCGGAACAUACACACACAAACAAGUCCAUGGAGGCAUCGGUGAAGAUGGUACACUUCAGUCUUUAUUGGAGUCUGAAGGAGUUCUUCAUACAGGUCCUGGUGUAGCAGCUUCGAAGACUUGCAUGGACAAAGUUGCUACAUCACUCGCUCUUAGUCAUCUUGCAGAGUUAGGAGUUCUUACCAUUAAUAAAGAUGUGCGCGAAAGAGAGGAUUUGCUGAAUGUGCCUGCACUGGAGAUUUGGCAUGAAUUGACCUCAAAGCUUCAGUGUGAAACAUUAAUUGACCCCAAACAAGAGCAAUUAAUGUUUAAUUGUUUGAGUAAUGAAACGCAUUUGACAGAAAGUCAUUUCAAGAAACGAGAAGAGAGUCGAACCACUAUCUGCCAGUUGUUUUUCUCCUCCUCGGGGAGGCAACAGACGGAGCCUCUCCCCAUUAUUGGCCUCGAGCAACAGAAACAGCACAUCAAUAUUGUUCUUGGUCAACCCACCAUGAGAUUGACGUUAUCGGUUAUGAUAGCCAAAACGGCAGUAUCAUCAGGAAGCAGCAGCCAAAACGGCGGCGACAUUGGCGAUGAUGGCAAAGACAGUAGUAGUGGCAGCAGCUAG